AUGCAGCUGACGAGCCUCUUCCUCCUGGCCACCGGCCUCCUGUGCGCAACCGGCACCUCGUCCGCGAGCGUCAAGUCCCCCCGGGCCGCCGACACCUUCACGAACCCGGUCCUCUACGAAGACUACCCGGACAACGACGUCUCCGUCGGCCCCGACGGCGCCUUCUACUUCUCCGCCUCCAACUUCCACUACAGCCCCGGCGCGCCCAUCCUCCGCUCCCUCGACCUCGUCAACUGGGAACCCGUCGGCCACUCCAUCCCGCGCCUGACCUUCGGCGACGGCUACGACCUCCCCCCCGGCGGCCCGCGCUCCUACCGCGGCGGCACCUGGGCCUCGACCCUCCGCUACCGCAAGAGCAACGGCCUGUGGUACUGGAUCGGCUGCACCAACUUCUGGGUCACCUGGGUCUUCACCGCCGCCGACGUCAAGGGCCCCUGGAGCAACCGCGGCGUGUACGGCUGGGACGGGCUCUGCAUGUACGACAACGGCCUGCUCAUCGACGACGACGACACCAUGUACGUCGUCUACGGCAACGGCAAGGUCAGCGUCUCGCAGCUCAGCGCCGACGGCCUCAGCGUCGUCAAGACCCAGCAGGUCCUCCAGGCCUCCGACGUCAACACCGAGACCGUCGAGGGGAACCGCAUGUACCGCAUCAACGGCACCUACUACAUCCUCAACGACCAGCCCGGCUCCACGACCUACAUCUGGAAGUCCAGCAGCCCCUGGGGGCCCUACCAGUCCAAGAUCCUCGUCCAGAACGUCGCCCCGCCCCUGAGCGGCGGCAACUCCCCCCACCAGGGCAGCCUGGUCCAGACCAAGGACGGGAAGUGGUACUACAUGUCCUUCACGUGGGCGUACCCGGCCGGCCGCAUGCCGGUGCUGGCGCCCAUCACCUGGGGCGCGGACGGCUUCCCCGCGCUGGUCACUGGGUCCAACGGCGGCUGGGGGUCGACGUACCCGAUGCCGCUGCCGGCGCGGCCGCUGUACAACUGGACGCGGACGUACGGCUUCGAGACGGAGCUGGGGCCGACGUGGGAGUGGAACCACAACCCGGACGUGGCGUCGUACUCGGUCGGCAACGGCGUGACGCUCAAGACGGCGAGCGUGACGACGGACAUCUACUCGGCGCGCAACACGCUCACGCACCGCAUCCACGGCGAGUUCCCCAAGGGCACGGUGAAGAUCGACUUCAGCAACAUGGCGGACGGCGACCGGUUCGGGCUGGCUGCGUUCCGCGACCAGACCGCGUACGUCGGCAUCUACCGCUCGGGGGGCCAGUACACGCUCAAGGCGGUGCACGGGCUGAUCAUCGACGAGUACUCCGGGGAGACGAAGUCGAACGGGACGGAGGUGGCGUCGGCGGCGGUGCCGGGCGGGGCGAAGAGGGUCUGGUUCCGGACGGAGCUGGACGCGCGGCCGACGGGGACGCGGGCUGCCAACUUCUUUUACAGCUUUGACGGGGUUUCGUUUACCAAGCUGGGGCCGACGUAUGAGUUGUACACCGGCUGGGCUUUCUUUAUUGCGUACCGGUUUGGUAUCUUCAACUAUGCGACCAAGGCUUUGGGAGGGUCGAUCAAGGUGGAAUCGUUCACCGUGGCUUGA